AUGUAUGCGUACGUGGAUGACAUGGACUUCUCAUCUCGAGACUUCGUUUCUGCUCUUCGUUUAUUUCUUGAAAAAUUUCGAUUGCCAGGCGAAGCCCAAAAGAUUGAUCGACUCAUGGAAAAAUUUGCUUCCCGGUAUUGUGAGUGCAAUCCGAGCCUUGGGUUGUUUGCAUCUGCUGACACGGCUUACGUUCUUGCAUAUUCGAUAAUCAUGCUUACCACCGACCUGCAUAGUGCACAAGUGAAGAGCAAGAUGACGAAGGAGCAGUAUGUGAAUAUGAACCGGGGAAUCAAUAAUGGCGCAGACUUGCCGCCUGACGUCUUGUGUGCGAUAUACGACGAUAUUUCGGCGAAUGAAAUCAAGAUGAAAGCGGGAGCAAGCAAACUUCUCAAAUCAAGGAAGGCCGGUGCUGGAGAGAAUGAUAAACAGCGUCGUGCUCUUGCCAAUUUAGAGUUAGCUGCAAUGUCCGAAACAGCUCGAGCACUCAUGGAAAGUGCAAGUAAUGCGGCCGCAGACUUCACUUCAGCACAACACCAACAUCAUGUGCGACCCAUGUUCAAGAUUUGUUGGACACCAUGCCUAGCAGCCUUUAGUGUGGGUUUACAAAUGUCUGAUGACGUAGAAGAAUGGUAUCUUUGUAUUCGUGGUUUUCGCUUGGGAGUGCGUGCUGCUUGUGUACUUCGGGCCAAAUUGGAACGCAACGCUUUCAUCCAGGCGCUAGCCAGGUUCACGCUCCUUACUGCUAAGAAUGCUCUUGGAGAAAUGAAGGAGAAGAAUAUUGAAGCAAUCAAACUGCUCCUGGCCAUUGGUGACGAAGAUGGUGAUUACCUUGAAGAGAACUGGGUCGAUGUAAUCAGAUGUAUCAGCCAGCUUGAGCUUGCCCAGCUUAUUGGGACAGGAUUGGGUGCUAGUGCUAAGGAGGAUAAAGAGAGCAGCCGUCAAUAUGUAAUGAAGAGUACAGGUGCCAUUGAUGAACGCACCUUGGCUACUCUUCAAGGUGCACUUGGCGAAACCAGCUCCCAAGCCGUCGUUGUUGCUGUUGAUAGGAUUUUCCAAGGCUCCUGUCGACUUUCUGCUGACGCUAUAGUCUCUUUUGUUCGUGCUCUCUGUACAGUCUCCAAAGAAGAGCUCAACCAGCCUGCUGCUCCACGAAUGUUCCUACUUGGAAAACUCGUUGAAGUAGCCUUUUACAACAUGGGUCGUAUCCGUCUGGAAUGGCGACGGAUAUGGGAAGUGGUUGGUGAACACUUCAACAUGGCAGGCUGUAACGCCAGCGAAAUUGUUGCUCACUAUUCUGUGGACGCGUUGAGGCAGUUAGCCAUCAAGUUUCUUGAACGAGGAGAACUGCCAAACUUCCGUUUCCAGAAGGAUUUCCUGAGACCUUUUGAGGUUAUUAUGGCGAAAAACCGUUCGGCACAAACGCGAGAACUUGUGGUUGCAUGUUGUUCAAACCUCGUUGAGGCUCAUGCUCCUCGAAUAAAGUCGGGAUGGCAAAAUUUGUUCUCAGUUUGGACCUUGGCAGCUGGCGAUCUCCAGAAAGACAUAGUUGAAGCAGCAUUCUUGGCGAGCUCUAGAGUAGUUAUUUACCAGUUCAAGGAAGACUUUGCCUCAGUUCUUGAUGCGUUUCAAGAAGCACUGAAAUGUUUGGCAGAGUUUGCAUGCAAUACAAACCAUCCCGACAUGAAUAUGGAGGCGAUACGUCUAAUCCGAUCUUGCGCUGAGUACGUUUCUAUAAAUCAAGAGCGAAUCAUUGAUGCCCCUUGGGAGGAGUCGUGGAGUGUGUCUGGCGAUCAGCGAAUAUGGCUUCGCGGCUGGUUUCCGAUCUUCUUUGAACUGAGCUGUAUCAUAAACCGGUGCAAACUGGACGUGCGCACGCGAAGUCUGACCGUAAUGUUCGAGAUAAUAAAGAACCAUGGCAGUGAAUUCCGGGCGGAGUGGUGGCGUGAUCUGUUCAACAUCGUCUUUCGGAUAUUUGACCACGCAAAACUGGACGAGCAUCGAGGAGACAAAAAGGAGUGGAUGAUGACGACAUGCAAUCAUGCUAUGUACGCCAUUGUUGACGUCUUCACGCAGUACUUUCCGCAGCUCUGUGAAUUGGUACUGCCGGCGAUCUACGAGCAGUUCGCCGUUUGUAUUCAACAAAUCGAUAUGGUACUAGUGUAA